CAACAAACAGAACCCAAUGAUUCCGGUGAUUCCGGGUGCCGCGUCGAUUCUUUGAAGCCUCCAAGUCUUGCUUGUGUCGUGUCGAAAGUGUCGUAAAAAGUCUUUCAAAACAACAUUCUUCCUCCUAGUCGAACAACAAUAUCAAAGUGAGGGUGAAAGAAAACGUCAAAGCAGGCGUGAAUUUUCUCCAUCAUUGCGUUGUUUGGGUUGGGUGCUUGGAGCGAGAACAAAAAAAAACAGACCCUCCUUCGUUCCAAAUACGAAUGUUACACACACUCGGUUGUGUCGGGAAAUUUUCAGUGGAGAUCGCGUUCGGUUCGAUAAAUUGCCAUUUGUGUAAAAAUUCUUGUUAAAGAGUCGUGCGAUUUCAGGACGUGUCGGUUGUUAUUGGUGACAAAUUGCACACCAUCCAAGUGUAUCUGAAAAAUAAAAAGGAAAAAGCUUGUGCAUGUUGGUUGGGGCAAAAUUUUCCUCACUGUUGUCGGGGUUUGUGUGAAAAAUUGCAAAUGUAAAAUCAAUUCUGUGAUCCGUGUUUUCGUGUGGCUAUAUAAAGAGCCGAUUUUUUUACGAGUCCGGUUGAUGAAAAUUUGUGGCUCCGGAGAGUGAUCCAGCAAAGGUGACAUCAUUUCACUUCCGGUGAAAAUCGGUUUUUCCCUUCGCCACCCAUCGGCACUGAAAUCAUCCAGCAGCUGCACCUCCAACACCUUCACCCACAUUUGCUUCCUUUGUGGAAACUUUCCACAGCUGCACCUUCUUCGUCCAAUCGUCAGUCACCUUCCGUCGUUAGAGUCUUCCGGAAGCCGUCAGAAGUGCACGAAAAUCAGCAGUCGGAUUGCGAAAGGAUCAUCAUCAAUCACCCCCGGCGUUGGCAGCAAUAAUCGGCCGCCGAGAUCAAAUAUCGAUCAACUUUUCCGAUCGAUUUACACCACCAGAAGAGCCGUUGGUCAAUCUGACGAUAGUAAAUUAACCGGCCAAGGCAAAAGUGAACUCACAGUAGUACCGUCUUCAGUUGAUAGAAGUAGGAAAAAAAUGUUCUUCGACGGCAUGAUGGAACCCCCGUCUCCGCUGUCGGUAGCUGUUCCGGCCAAUGACAACGGCGAAAAUGGUUCCAACUCAUAUGUGGACCCGUUCGUGAAGAAAUACUAUCGCAAGGCAGAGCACAGAAUCUUCGUCAACCGGUCGCUCCAUCUGGAGAACAUCAAGUUCUAUGGCUUCGAUAUGGACUACACGAUUGCCGAGUACAAAUCGCCGCAGUACGAGCAGCUCGGCUUCAAUCUGGUCAAAGAACGGCUGGUCGCCCUAGGUUAUCCGGUAGAAAUCCUUCAGUUUGAGUACGAUCCCUCGUUUCCGGUGCGUGGCCUCUGGUUUGAUACCCUCUAUGGGAACCUCCUGAAGGUAGAUGCAUACGGAAACAUUCUGGUCUGUGUCCACGGUUUCGAGUUUUUGAAGCAUUCCCAGGUAUACGAGCUAUACCCGAACAAAUUCCUACAGCUGGACGAAAGCCGAGUCUACGUGCUAAAUACGUUGUUCAACCUGCCGGAGACUUACCUGCUGGCCUGCCUGGUAGAUUUCUUCACCAGUUCGCCGCAGUACGCGGAACAGGUCGACAAAACUGGCGUCAAGUACGGCGAACUGUUCAUGUCUUUCCGGUCGAUCUUCCAGGACGUUCGCGGUGCCGUCGAUUGGGUUCACAUCUACGGCGAUCUGAAGAAGAAAACCCUUGAGAACCUCGACGAAUACGUUAAGAAGGACGAACGUCUACCGAUGGUCUUGUCCCGCAUCCGUGAGUCCGGAGCCAAGCUGUUCCUCCUCACCAACAGUGACUACAACUUCACCAAUCGCAUUAUGACGUUCCUGUUCGAUUUUCCGCAUGGAGCUCAACCCGAAGAUCCGCACCGGGAUUGGAAGACCUACUUCGACACGAUCGUCGUCGAUGCCCGCAAGCCACUGUUCUUCGGCGAGGGUACAAUCCUUCGCCAAGUGGACACCACGACCGGUGCCCUCAAAGUGGGUACCCACAUGGGUCCACUGCAAGCCAACCAGGUCUACUCGGGCGGCUCCUGCGAUGUCUUCACUAAACUGAUCGGCGCCAAAGGUAAGGACGUCCUGUACGUGGGGGAUCACAUCUUCGGUGACAUCCUCAAGAGUAAGAAAAUCCGAGGCUGGAGAACGUUCCUCAUCGUUCCGGAAUUGGUCCAGGAGCUGCACGUCUGGACCGACAAAUGCCAGCUGUUUGCCGAACUCCAACGCCUGGACGUCAAACUUGGGGACCUCUACAAAAACAUGGACUCCAGUGCCAAGGAAAAGCCGGACAUUUCUUCCGUUAGAACUGCGAUCCGCGAUGUGACGCACAAGAUGGACCUGGCCUACGGUAUGAUGGGCUCCCUUUUCCGUUCCGGCUCCCGUCAAACCUUCUUCUCUAGUCAGGUCUCCCGCUACGCCGAUCUGUACGCCGCCACCAUCCUGAAUCUGAUGUACUAUCCGUUUUCGUACAUGUUCCGGGCGCCGGCUAUGCUGCUGCCGCACGAGUCGACGGUGGCGCACGAGCAGCGCUUCACGCUCGAUGCCCCAAUGAUUCAGCGGACCCGUUCGAGGAACCUCGGUACCCCGAGUGCCGAACAGCAGCAGCUGCAGGAUGAGAUCAGUGCCAUCACCGAAAUCAGUGAACCAACCGGGGGAUCCAACAACUUAGCCACUGGCCAUAAUCCGUCGUUGGUCUCAAUCGGAAGUGGUGCUUCCGCCACUACGGGUGGAAACGUUUCCGUCCCGCACACCCGACCCGAAACGCCUCGCUCGGUGACGCACACCCACGACGAAGAUUACUCGGACGAGGACAGCGACGAUCAGAAGAAACUCUCGCGGCGAUCGCUCAGCGAGGAUGGUUCCAAAUGUCCCUCGGCGGAACCGACGGCGCCAACUGGCAAGGAGUAGUUGCCCGGCAAUGUUGAACCAUUUUUCUUCGAUUCGGAUAGACCGAAUUCUUAAGUUUAUAUUUAAGCGAAUUUCAUCAAACUGUAACCGUAAAUUUGAUUUUAAAUGUGGCAUUUAUGUGGCUAAAACUCAACAAAAUAAUUUCGAAACUCUAUGAUUUUUUUUUAAUUUUUGUUAGUUAAGUACUCCAUAAGAGAUCUAUGGAAAACAAAAGUAAUAGAUACAUUAAGUUCUCAGACAACCGGAAUGCUCAAAUUGUAACUUCAAACAAACAUAUGUAACUUCCAGUCAAUUUGGUUGUGCGUGAUUCUGAAGAAUCACAAAUAAUGUGGAUCAUCUGUCAUAGAGUUUGUAAACUUUCUUCCAUCUGCGAUCUAACUCAAAAAACGUUUCCAAUUGGCAAUAAUGUUUAUGUAAAAAAUAUCUUACAAGAUUCGAUGUAGCCUUUAAGUUGUGUUAACUCGAAAGAGAUAAACAUUUGAAAAAAAAAACAAA